AUGGCGGUAUCGUCUGCUAGUAAAGCAAACAGCAGCGACGUGAUUCUUCUCCUGCUCCUCUGCUCUUUGCUGCUCUGCUUCCCAAGCGCCGCAGUCGGUGCGAGGCACACGGCGCUUAGCUGGUGCGACUACAACCGCCGGCUCUACUACCGCCGCCGCUGGCUCCGCGGGUGCUACAACCGCGGCGGCGGGCACGGGCUGCGCGACGUUGGCGCUGGAGAGGUUCGUGUGGUCGGCGGCGCUGGGGUCCAGUCUCACGCUGCAUUGGCCGCAGUGGACUCGUCGCUACUCGCCUUAGCGCUGGAAGCGGCGGGCGGCAGCGCGGCAACGGCGGGGUGGUUCGCCGUGGGGUGGUCGGCGACGGGCCGCAUGGUGGCGUCCGACGCCAUGGUGGGCAAUCUGGCGGGCGGCGCCGUCAAGGCGGUGUACAUGAGCGGCACAAUGCAGAGCGACGUUCAGCCCACAAGUAGCUUCGAUAUUGGCAACGCAGAGCUCGCCACGUCACCCUCGGGGACCACCAUUCUCAAAUUCAACCGCUCGGCGCGAGACGGGUCGGUGGCGGUGAGCGUGCAGGGCAGCAACACGCUCGUUGGCGCGCUUCAAGUGGACUUCGCGUGCUCCUCUGCCUCGUCCGGAGGGGGAGGGGGUGGCGGCUCUGGUGGAGGCACGGGGGGAGUCACUGGCGGAGGUGGGGGCGACUAUGGGGGUGACUACAACGGGGGAAACAAUGGGGGUGGUGACUACAGUGGUGGUAAUGGCGGUGGUGAUUAUAACGGAGGGAAUGGAGGGGACUACAAUGGUGGAGGUGACAAUAAUGGGGGGAGCAGUGGGGACUAUAGGGGUGGAAGCGGUGGUUGGGGGAGUGGUGGUGGAGGAGGGAGCAAUGGUGGGGGCGCAGGAGGCGGAGGAAGGGGAGGCGGUGGGGGGGACUGCAGUGGAGGGCCUGAGGGCGGGCGUGGGGGACCUGGUGGGGGACAGGGGGGGGCUGGGGGCGGUCAGGGCGGACCUGGGAGUGGGAGAGGCGGGUCAGGGGGCGGGCAAGGGGGAGCCGGUGGGGGACAGGGGGGAUUUGGGGGCGGGCAGAGCGGAUCUGGGGGCGGACAGGGCGGACCUUGUGCUGGUGGGGGGCAAGGGGGAGGUGGGGGCGGGCAAGGGGGAGCUGGGGGCGGGCAAGGAGGAGCUGGGGGAGGGCAAGGGGGAGCUGGGGGCGGCAAUGGUGGUGACUACAACAAUGGGGGGAGCUACAGCGGCGGUAAAGGGGGAGGCAACACAGGCGGACAAGGUGGUUACUACAGCGCCGGAGGAGGGGGAGGUGCUGCUGGUGGGGGUGGUGGUGCUGGUGGUGGGGGUGCUGGUGGUGCUGCUGCUGGUGGGGGCUGUGGGGGAGGGCAAGGGCAAGGUGUGGGACCUGGGGGACAGGGGGGCGCUGGAGGCGGACAAGGGGGAGCUGGUGGGGGACAGGGGGUAGCUGGGGGAGGGCAGGGUGGACCUGGGAGCGGGCAAGGGGGAUCUGGAGGCGCGCAGGGCGGACCUGGGGGGGAUUAUGGUGGGGGGAGCAAUGGCGGGGACUAUGGUGCUGGUGAUGGCGGUGGUGACUACAGCGGGGGGAACACUGGAGGGGGCUAUGGUGGCGGCAAUGGUGGUGACUAUAACGGGGAAAGCAACGGUGGUGACUAUAAAGAGGGGAGCGAUGGUCACUACAGGGCGGUGGUGCUGCUGGCGGGGGAAUGGGAGGGCCUGGGGGAAAGACUGGCGGAGGCAUGGGAGGAGGAGGAGGGAUGGGAGGAGGCAUGGGCGGUGGUACUGCUGGCGGUGGUGCUUCUGGCGGUGGCCUGGGAGGGCCUUGGGAGAUGGGAGGAGGCGGAGGAAUGGGCGGGGGCGGGGGGAAUGGGAGGGGGCGGGGGAGUGGGAGGGGGUGGGGGAAUGGGAGGGGGCGGGGGAAUGGGAGGGCCUGGGGGUGGUAUGGGUGGAGGAGGAGGGAUGAGGGGAGGGGGAGGGAUGGGCGGAGGUGGAGGCGUGGGUGGUGGCGGCAUGGGGGGAGGAGGCAUGGGGGGAGGAGGCAUGGGGGGAGGAGGCACGGGGGGAGGAGGCAUGGGUGGAGGAUGCAUGGGGGGAGGAGGCAUGGGGGGAGGAGGCAUGGGGGGAGGGGGCAUGGGGGGAGGGGGCAUGGGGGGAGGGGACAUGGGGGGAGGGGGUAUGGGGGGAGGGGGUAGACCUUAG